AUGAUGAAACACCAGGAAAUAACAAACAAAAACCAUGAAGCAUCACUAAAAAGUCUAGAGAGGCAGAUUGGGCAACUCUCCAAGCAAAUUUCUGUUGAGAGACCUUCAAGCUCACUGCCUAGUGACACAAUCCCAAAUCCCAAGGAGGAAUGCAAGGCAAUACAAUUAAGGAGUGGGAGAACAUUGAUGAGCAACAAUGACACUACAAAGAAGCAAACAGGGAGCAUCAAAGAACCAACAGAGGAUGAGGAGCAAACAAAAGCAGAUAAAGCUAAGGUGCAAGUUGUGAUGCCAAACAAAAGCACUGAGAAACUCAAAGAGAAGGACAACCAGCCACAUAGCUCAAGGGAAAUGACUCAGGGACAGCAGCAAAUAGGAAAGAGCAUCACACCUCCACUGCCAUAUCCUCAGAGAUUCAACAAAGAGGUUAAGGACCAGCAGUUCCACAAGUUCCUUGAGACCUUCAAGAAGCUGGAAAUCAAUAUCCCCUUGGCUGAAGCACUUGAGCAAAUGCCUCUGUAUGCCAAAUUUUUAAAGGAGCUUAUCAAUAAGAAAAGAAGUUGGGAUGAGAAGGAAAUCGUAUUACUCACUGAGGAAUGCAGAGCCUUGAUUCAAAAAGGGCUUCCUCCUAAGCUUGAGGACCCAGGGAGCUUCUUGUUGCCUUGCACCAUUGGGGAUUUGACCAUCACUAAAGCAAUGUGCGAUCUCGGAGCAAGUAUUAAUUUGAUACCAUCCUCCAUGGUGAAAAAGCUGCAUAUAGAGGAAGUCAAACCAGUACAAAUGUCUCUGGAGCUGGUGGAUAGUUUUAUAUACCCUGCUGAUUUUGUGGUUCUGGAUUCAAACGAGGAUGAUGGUGACUCUGUUAUAUUGGGAAGGCCAUUCUUGGCCACUGCUAGAGCUAUCAUAGACAUAGAGGAAGGGGAAUUAACCCUCAGGAUGCAUGAUCAGAGUGUCACUCUGAAGGUAUUACCAGAGGCACAAUUUAGCAAGGAGAAAAAGACUAUAUGA